AUGGGUGUGAUGGCCGUCGGUCUAUUCAUCACGAUUCCCCUCCUUUUCCAUCAGAUUUCUUCGUCCAUUCAAGAAAGCGUUCAAGUGGAUCCAUUCACAUCUCCGAAUGAUCGAGAUGAGAUUCGUGAUCAUCGUACUUUGAACAGUAAAGAGGAUUGUCCGGAUACCGUCUGCUUGAGGUCUUGUCAACCAAAUUUGAAUCAAACCCAACAAGAACUCGUCGAGGCCCGAGGAAAAAUCAGCGGACUCGAGAGGGAAAUCGCAAGAGGGCGGAACGAAACGAAGGACAAAGACGUCGAGAUGAGUCGAUUGACAGCAAAAAUGGCUCAAAUCGAGGCGAAUUUAAUGGGGAAAGUCGCCAAGACGAAAAGGAAAAACGACGAUCUCGAAGCACAACUAAGAACUCAAAAUAUGGAAGCAAGAGACGGAAAAGCCAAGAUUGGAGAGCUCGAAGGGAAAAUCAACGUGUUGCAGAGCAAGAACUCUGACCUCGAAACCCAAAUAAAUCAGACCAUGAAUCUCUUGGAUCUGUAUCGGGAUGGAUGGUCGUAUUUGGCAAAAACCGCUUCUUGGUACAAGGUUACCAAUCAAAGAAUGGCAUUUGAUGAAGCUGCGGCAUAUUGUGCGAGUCGAGAGAGCCAUCUAGUCUCCAUUCACAGUCAGGAAGAGCACGAUUUUGUUUGGGAACUCGCGAAAACUGUUUCUUGGUAUGGUUGGUUCUGGAUCGGACUGAAGAGAAAUCCGAACAAAGGAAAUGCUUUUGAAUGGACGGAUGGAAGUUCGGUGGAUUUCACGAAUUGGAGGGUUGAAGAGCCGGGUUCGAACACCCACGCUUAUCAAGAAAAAGCUGGCAACUGGGGCACGUAUACUCAAUACUUUCAAGCAGUUUGUGCAAGGAAAGACGUGACUUGGUCAGCUGAUGGGGAAACGCUCUGCUCGUAUUAUGGCUUCGGUUUCGAAUGUAUGGAUCGAUAUCAAUUGGGUGGAAGC